AUGCCCGGGGAGGCUGCCCGCGCCGAGCUGCUGCUGCCGGAGGCGGGCAGGCCCGGGCCCCGCACAGCUCAGGACUGCGGGGAAGGGCGGAAACAGGAUGUCCUCCAGGAGCCGGGAGCGAUGCGAGGGCCUGUGAGCAUCCCAGGGCUCCAGGGCUCUCGGCUGGUGUCCCGCCCUCUGGGCCGCCGCUGUUGCCCCAUUGUCUGUGAGCAGCUGCGGGCCCUGCACAGAGAGUCGUCCUGUGAUGUGGCCGUGGCCACCACCCCAAGAGGGGACCGGCUGGAGCACUGUGCCCUGACCCCUGGACCCAGCACCCUGGCCCUGGAGUUUCUGCCCAGCAAGCCAGGCGCCCGGCCCCCGCCCGAGGGAGCCAGCUGGGAUGCAGGGCCGGGAGGCACCCCCUCGGCCUGGGCAGUCCCCACAGAAAGCAGCCCCAGUCUGGGUUCCCCCGAGGCCCAGCCUGCCGGCCGCCCUCCCCCAACCACCCUGGAGCCCCGGAUCGUGAUGGGCGAGGAGACCCGCCGGGUGUCCCUGCCGUCCAGGGCAGCCCUUCCAGAGCUCAGGGACUGGGAGGGUGGGCACCCCAGCCUGGACCCACCCCCCGAGUUGUGUUCUCAGGGUGACCCUCCUGUGCCUUGCCCUGCCCCAGACCCUGACUCCUACUUUACGCCACCCUCCACUCCCACCGAGACCACCUCUGCCCUGCUCCUUGGCCCCGGGCCCCGCAGGGAGGCCCCGGCUGAGCCAGGGGACUCACCACCUGCCUCGCCAUCGGGCUCCUACAUCACAGCAGAUGGAGACAGCUGGGCCUCGUCCCCGUCCUGCUCCCUGAGCCUGCUGGCCCCGGCCGAAGGGCUGGAUGUCCCCUCAGGCUGGGGCUUCUCCCCGCCGGGCUCCGUGGCCGAUGAGCAGGAGCUGCCUCCCGCGGGGCCCCCGGGCCCCCCGUCCCCGGAAUCCAGCGUCUCAGCCGACAGCAGCUCUUCCUGGGGCCAAGAGGGCCACUUCUUCGAGCUGGACUUCCUGGCCAACGACCCCAUGGUCCCCGCCGCCCUCCUGCCCUUCCGAGGCAGCCUCAUAGUGCAGGUGGAGGCUGUGGAGGUGACACCAAGAGCCCCCGAGGAGGAGGAGGAGGAGGAGGAGGUCCCUGUCCCUGGAGGGGACCCAGCCGGGGAGGGCGAGGACGACAGCACGUUUGCCUCCUCCCUGCAGUCCCUGUCUGACCUCUCCAUCACCGAGGGCAUGGACGAGGCCUUCGCCUUCCGGGACGACACCUCGGCGGCCUCAUCCGACCCCGACUCGGCCUCCUAUGCGGGGGCAGACGACGAGAGGCUGUACAGCGAGGAGCCCCAUGCACAGCCUGCCGCCCUGCUCCAGGACACCCCCGGCGAGCCCGCUCCUAGCGUCUCCGCGGGGGUGGCCAGCCAAGCCUCCGAGAGCCGGGAGCCAGGCGCCCAGGUUCCUGAGAUGGGCCAGGCCUCCGCUCCUCCUGCAGCGCAGGAAACCCCGGGCCUCACCGGGGAGAGCCCCUGGGCCUGGGGGGAGGACAUGGGCUCCAUCUCAGGUCUGGUGCCUGCUGCCGUGGGCACGGCUCAGCCCCAGUGGAAGGAUGACAGCGCAACCUUAGGCCCAGAGUCUUGGACCUCCCCAGAAGAGGGAACCCUCAUUCCAGGCCCAGACUCUCUGCAGAACCUGGAAGAAGCAGGCCAAGGCCCUGAAUCUGAGGCCACACCUCUGUCCCUGCAGGACGCCGGCCUCCCCUCAGGCCAGGCGCCCGCCGCCACAGUCAGCCCUGUGCCCCAGCCAGGGGACACAAACAGGACCUUACACCAGGGCCCUGACUGUGAGGCCACACCUGUGUCCCUGCAGGACGCAGCCCUCCCCUCAGGCCAAGGGACUCCUGCCAAGGCCAGGCCUGAGACCCUGCGGGUAGAUGCAGGCUGCGUGCCAGGGAUCGACCCUGUGGUCACUGCAGCCCAACAGGGAAGACAAGUGACCUCGGAACUGAGGCCAGCACCCGAGGAGAGGGACACAAGCUGCACAGGAGACCUGGGGCCUCCAGCCCGGGACCAGGCCCAGCUGGAUGGACUGGAGCCAGCUGCAGACGCUGGGGUGCCCUGGACCUCAUGGGGCACCUCCAAGCCUGCCACGGAGGCCCUAGACUCCCCCAAGCCUGCCACAGAGGCCACAGACCCCCUUGAGGCCCUGCAACACCCCAGGCCUGCCACAGAUGCCGUGGAAUGCCCUGGCUCUGACACAGAGAAUACAAAUUGCCCCAAGCCUGUCAUGGAGACCACAGAAUGCACAGAGUCUGCCACGGAGGCCACGGAAUGUCCACCAUCUGUCACAGAGGCUACAGAAUGCCUGGAGUCUGGCAGAGAGACCCUGGAACAUUCCAAGCCUUCCAUGGAAGCCUCAGAAUGCCCAGAACAUGCUAUGGAGGCCCCAAAAUGCACCAAGCCUGCCAAUGAGGCCCUGGAACUCCUUGAGCCCACCUCAGAGGCCCCAGAAUACCCUGAGUCUGGCACAGAGGCCCUAGAACAUUCUGAGCCUGCCCUGGAGACCCUGGAACAUUCUGAGCCUGCCACGGAGGCCCCAGACCAUUCUGAACCUGUCCCGGAAGCCCCGGAAUGCCCAGACCCUGCCACGGAGGCCCUGGAACAUUCUGAGCCUGCCCCGGAGGCCCCGGAAAGCCCAGAGCCUGCCAUGGAAGCCCCGGAACUCCCAGAGCCUGACAUAGGGGCCCCGGAACGCUCAGAGCCUGCCAUGGAAGCCCCAGGAUAUUCUGAGCCUGCCACGGAGACGCCAGAAAGCCCUGAGCCUGCCAUGGAGGUGCUAGACCAUUCUGAGCCUGCCCCGGGGGCCCUGGAAUGCCCAGAGCCUGCCAUGGAAGCCCCAGAACAUUCUGAGCCUGCCACAGAGACCCUAGAAUGCCCAGAACCUGCCAUGGAGGCCCCAGAACAUUCUGAGCCUGCCACGGAGACCCUAGAAUGCCCAGAACCUGCCAUGGAGGCCCCAGAACAUUCUGAGCCUGCCACGGAGACCCUAGAAUGCCCAGAACCUGCCAUGGAGGCCCCAGAACAUUCUGAGCCUGCCACGGAGACCCCAGAAUGCCCAGAGCCUGCCAUGGAGGCCCCAGAAUGCCCACAGCCUACCAUGGAGGUCCUGGAACAUUCUGAGUCUUCCAUGGAGACCCCGGAACAUUCUGAGUCUGCCACGGAGGCCCCAGAAGACCCAGAGCCUGCCACGGAGGCCCCAGAACAUUCUGAGCCUGCCACAGAGAUUCUGGAAUGCCCAGAGCCUGCCACAGAGGCCCCAGAACAUUCUGAGCCUGCCACGGAGGCCCCAGAACAUUCUGAGCCUGCCACAGAGACUCCAGAAUGCCCAGAGCCUGCCACGGAGGCCCCAGAACUUUCUGUGCCUGCCACGGAAGCCCCAGAAGCUACCACGGAGACCCAAGAACGCUCACAGCCUGCCACAGAGGCCCUCAAAUGCCCCAAGCCUGCCACAGAAGCUUCAGGACUUUCUGAGCCUGCCACUGAGGCCCUAGAACAUUCAGAGCCUGCCACAGGCCCCCCUGGGUCUGCCAUGGAGGCCACAGACCCACCCAAGCCUGCCUCCAUUAGAGAAGAAGUAGCUGAGGGUCUGUUGGCACCUAAGCAGGAAACCUGUGCCAGUGCCUGUGUUUUUCCUGGUGAUGGAGUCGAGCCCCAUUUUCCCCCAAAGGAGGACCCAGGGGGUGAGAAUCAGGGGACUGGAGGCCUCAGGUCAGCACCCCACAGUGCUAGGAAGGCUCCUGGAGAUAGUGGCCCAGAGGUACAUCUUGCUGCUCUCCCUGAGGUCAGUCACACAUGGCCCCAGAACCCAGCAGAGGAGGGAAGAGCCAACCCCGAGCCCAGGUCUUCUGUUGCUGUGGCCUCAGAAGCUGGGCUGGCUUCCUGCUCUGAGUCUCCCCCAAGGUCUGUGGCCAGGCCUGGAAGGGGCUGCCCCGAAGAGCCUGCCCCCACCACUCCAGCACCCUCUUGGCGGCUGGAACCCGUGCUGGGCCCAGGCAGUGGAGUGAGGGCUCAAGUAGCCCCUGAAAGCCCCAGCUUGUCCCCACCACAAGCCCCCGGAAGCCCUAAUAGGGGUCUGCCCAGCAUGACCCAAGACAGGCCCCUCGGCCCAGAGCCCGCUGCUCCUGGGGUCCCCACAGAGGCAGCCCCAUGCCCCAUGGCACCCCUCACCCCCUGCCCUUGCCAGGGACCUAGGGAAGACUCGACGGAGGCCAAGGAGCCCCCGGGCUCUCCGGGCCUCCAGCCGCCACGUUCAGGAGCCCAGCGGGCAGUGGCUGCCUCCUCAGGAACCACAAAACCUCCUGGGGCUGGGCAUCGAGUCAGCCUCCCGCCCCACUCCCCCCUCCUCAGCCCUAAAACGGCCCCUAUGGGGGACACCCAUGCCAAAGACCAGGCCUGGCGGAUCUCGCCCCCCUGCCAAGUGCCUCCUGGCCCUCGAGGGCUCCCAGCCGCCGAGCAACAGGAUGACCAGGACAGCCUGGAGGAAGACUCGCCCCCGAGGGCUCCGGGAUCCGGCCAGCACUCAGACAGCCACGGGGAGUCAUCGGCGGAGCUGGAGGAGCAGGACCUCUCGGGAGCGCAGACGGCACAGUGCCCGACCCAGGUCCCAGCAGGCGGCAGCAGCGAGGAAACAGUGGCCAAAGCCAAGCAGAGUCGCAGUGAGAAGAAGGCCCGAAAGGCAAUGUCCAAGCUGGGCCUACGGCAAAUCCAGGGGGUCACCAGGAUCACCAUCCAGAAAUCCAAGAACAUCCUGUUUGUCAUUGCCAAGCCUGAUGUUUUCAAGAGCCCGGCCUCAGACACCUAUGUGGUCUUCGGCGAGGCCAAGAUCGAGGACCUGUCCCAGCAAGUGCACAGAGCUGCUGCUGAGAAGUUCAAAGUGCCCACAGAGCCACCCGCCCUGGUCCCCGAGUCUGCACCUGGGCCGCUGGUGAGGUCUGGGUGUGAGGAGGAGGAGGAGGAGGAAGAGGAGGAGGAGGUGGAUGAGGCAGGACUGGAGCUCCGUGACAUUGAGCUAGUGAUGGCGCAGGCCAACGUGUCGAGGGCCAGGGCCGUGCGGGCCCUGAGGGACAACCAGAGCGACAUCGUCAACGCCAUCAUGGAGCUCACCAUGUAGCCAGGAGCGCCUCGACCGCACAGCUUCGUCCCUGCCCCCGGCUCCACUGCUCAAUAAACAGGUGUCUCCACACGGCCUCUA